UAUUAUUCUCACGAAUGUUGCCUAACUAACUACACACAACCCCUUUACACAGCUAUUCUGCACAUUCCCUCGAACGGUGAAUAAUUUUUCUGCUUCAGACUAAAAUACUGGACAUCAUCCUUUCUCCCUCUCUAUUCUCCAUUCCCCUUACCCAAUUCCUUCCCCCACAUCCUUUACAGCUGCUAGUGCUUGCAUAAGUGCCCAUCCCCACACACUAUAAUAUCAGAGCUCUCUCUUCAGGUUCAUUUUCUCAUACAUGCUCGCCCAUGUGAUACGUGCUCAUUACGUGUUUGGUAAAUUUCCUUAUAGAAGACGAUGCAUUUCAUUCUGAAAUCUUUGAAAUGGCAAAGCUUUUUGCUGCAAAAUAUCAAGACCCAGAAACACAGACAUGUUUUUUUGUCUCUCUACUGCACAAUGCUGCCAAACCUGGCACUGCCCGAGCUGCAGGAGCUGUGUAGUGUUGUUUCAAGCACAGUUGAUGGUUUGGAUGAAUUAGAGUUGGGGUUAAAUAAAUUUACAGGUUCUUUAACAUCGUCACUUGUGACCCAGAUAAUAGAUUCUUGCAAGCAGGAAGCACCCACUAGAAGAUUGCUGAGAUUCUUUUUGUGGUCUCAUAAGAAUUUGAAGUGUGGUUUGGAAGACAAGGAUUACAAUUAUGCCAUUCGGGUGUUUGCAGAGAAGAAAGAUCACACAGCAAUGGAUAUAUUGAUUUCGGAUCUUGGGAAGGAGGGUCGGGUAAUGGACACUCAUACUUUCAGUGUUGUAGCUGACAUUUUGGUUAAACUAGGGAGAGAAGAUGAGGCAUUGGGUAUUUUCAAGAACUUGGACAAGUACAAGUGCCCCCAAGAUGGAGUUACCGUUACUGCAAUUGUUAGCUCUUUAUGUGCAAAAGGGCAUGCUAGGAGAGCGGAGGGGGUUGUGUGGCAUCACAAGGAUAAGAUUUCUGGAAUAGAGCCUUGCAUUUACAAGAGACUUCUUUAUGGUUGGUCUGAGCAGGAGAACGUGAAGGAAGCACGAAGGAUUAUCAAAGAGAUGAAGUUGGCUGGGUUUAUGCCAGAUUUAUUUUGCUAUAACACAUUCCUUAGAUGCCUUUGUGAGAGGAAUCUUAAACGUAAUCCUUCCGGUCUCGUUCCUGAGGCCUUGAAUGUGAUGAUGGAAAUGAGGUCUUAUAAGAUUUCCCCAACCUCAGUUAGUUAUAAUAUUUUGCUUUCUUGUCUUGGAAGGACAAGAAGAGUGAAGGAGUCUUGUCGAAUUCUUGAGAUAAUGAAGAAUUCAGGUUGUUCUCCGGAUUGGACUACCUAUUAUCUUGUUGCAAGGGUAUUGUAUUUGACUGGGAGACAUGGCAAAGGUAAUCAGAUAGUGGAUGAGAUGAUUGGGACAGGGUUGAUACCAGAUCGUAAGUUUUACUAUGAUUUGAUUGGUAUUCUAUGUGGAGUUGAGAGGAUAAAUCAUGCUCUUGAGCUCUUUGAGCGAAUGAAGAGGAGUUCAUUGGGUGGUUAUGGGCCAGUUUAUGAUGUGCUCAUACCAAAAGUUUGUAGUGGAGGGGACUUUGAGAAGGGGAGAGAGCUUUGGAAUGAAGCCAUGAGAUUGGGUGUUACUCUUCGUUGCUCAAGUGAUGUGUUAGAUGCUUCAAUCACUGAGGUUUUUAAGCCAACAAGGAAAUUGGAAACAACCAACCUUGCGGACUGCUCCACAGCCAAGAACCGGGAACAAGUGGCAAAUAAUAUUGAAAAAGCAAAGAAGAAAAAGAAUUAUAUGAAUAAAAAGAAUGAUAAGAAGAAAAAGAAGACUUCCACUUCAAUUUGAUUAGUUUAUAUCUCCUUCUACAAAGCUGUCAUGACUCAUGAGGCAUUCUUUUUCUGUGAGCACAUUUAUAGAUAUGUUUGUUGGCAAUCAACUAAUGUAAUGUUCUGGCUGAAUCAUAAUUUAGAGAUUGUUCUCCCCUGGUUGUAUAAUUUGAUGUGUCAAAAAUUGUAUUGUGUUUGUGUUAUUGUAGUCUAUGACUUCCCUUGAACUGCCUUAGUUACCAUGGUCAUUUAUCUUGCAGAGUCAUGCCUAUUGAUCCUUGCCUUGUAGGAGAAUGUGACAUGUUUUGGGGAAUGAUGGACAACUUAUGUUCAGCUUGGCCAUCAGAAAAUUGUUCAAAUGCCACAUUGGCGUUGAAGAUUUCAUUGACCUCUAUCUCUAAGAGGGUUAGAGGGGUCUCUGUAGUUUUCUAUUUACAUCAUUUUGGAUGUAAGGAAAAGAAAGAUGAGAAAGCAAAAGCAGGUGAGGAAGAGCUAAUUCCUUUGUUUGGUGUUUGAAUGAAAAUGGAAGAGGUAAUUUUCCAUUUUGGCCCUCAAUUUCACGAAAGUCCUAUUUGGAGGGAGCCCAAAGGAAAAGAAGCUGUGGCUGACAGCAGUGGAGCUGGGACUUCUGAAGGGCCGCCAUCCUCUCCUAAAAGAUGUGGACUUUACCAUCAACCCUUCAAAAGGCUUAGCUCUUGUGGAAAGCAGAUCAUCUGAUAAGAAUGAUGAGGUUGAUAAGCUCUCGGAUCUUACUCAGCCGAAUGCUUUGAAUGGAUACUCUGUGGAUCCUAUAAAGGGUAUGCUUGAAGAUAGUGACACUGUUGCUAGUUUUUGCUUAAGUUCCAGACGAGAUUCCCAAGAAAAUUUGGAGGCUGAAGAUGCAGGCCUGCAAGAAAUGGAAAAUGGUGCUUUGCAGCAGAUUAGCUCUGUCGAUUCAGAAUUGGUCAAAGAGGAGGAAGUCAGCUCAGUAGAUGGUGAAAGAGGUCGAGGGCUACAGACAGCACAAGUGGUUAUGAAUAUGCUUGAUAUAACCAUGCCUGGUACUCUAACAGAAGAAAAAAACAGAAGGUCUUGACUGCUGUGGAUCAAAGAGAGACACUUGUGAAAGCUUGACAAGAUGCUGUGCCAGAAGAUGUUCGUGAAAAGCUUACAACCGCUGUAACUGGAAUUUUGCAUACCCAAAGCACAAACUUAAAUUUUAAUGGACUUCUUGAUAUUGCUCGGAUCUGAUGUUUCAACAGGAUUGAAGGCCUAGAUCCAAGAAAAAGCUGGAAUAUCAGGUAGAGAAGGUUUAAACACUGACCAUCUUUCUUCAGACCAGAUAAAAAGGGCUGAUGACCUCACAGAUUGCUUAAAUGACGCUCAACCUGGCAUAGACAAACCUACUGGGGAUCUAGAAUCAGAUCCAUCUCAAUCGACAAGGGGUGAUGGAGUUGAUAUAUCUGGUUCAGUCAAGGACACCAGUGAGUCAGGAAAUAAUGGUGAAUAUGAUGAGUUCUCUAAAGAAAAAUCUUCUCCAUAUCUUGACAAUGGUGAGCUUGGAUCAGAAACAGAUGUCAAGCCAACAAUUGAUGAGAAAAAAGGCCAGGAUGGUGGAAUAGCUCAAAUAGAGGAAAAAGAGUAGAAUAAUAACUAGGAAACUGGAGAUUCUUGAACUGACCAAGGCAGGGUGGCAUCAUCCGGUAUAACAGAGGAAGUACCUCCUGGCACCUCCUCUGAUGCUGAUGCGAUGGGAAAUGAAGGUAACGAUAAUCUGAAGAGAGAUAAUGAAAUUAUGCAGCCUGUUCAGGAUCAAACUAAUUCUAUUAUGUAUGAUCCUAGUCCCCCCACCUUCAGUGUAUCCCAAGCAUUGGAUGCUUUAACAGGGGUGGAUGAUUCCACCCAAGUGGCUAUGAACAGUGUUUUUGGUGUACUAGAAAAUAUGAUAGCUCAAGUGGAGGGGGGUUCAGAUGAUGAAAAUGGAGACAAGGACAGGAAAGGCAUUAAGGAGAAGAAAAUUGAUUCUGGUUCUGACCAACAUAGCAUCAUUGAUGACCACAAAUUUGACGAGGAAGAAGAAAACAAAAAUACACAAAGCAUUCGGUCUGAUAAUUUAGAUGAUCCUUUUGUAUAUAAUCACCAUGAGAUUAGCAUUCAUUCACAGCAAGAUACAAGAACUGGAAGGGUAGAGGAGGAAACCACACAAAACCUCAAUUCCUCUAAUGGGAAAAGUAUGGAUAGGUCUCAGGGUAGUAAGACUAACAUCCGUGUUGCUCAGUACAAAAAUGAAAAGAAGGAUCAAUUAGUUGGUAGCAAACUUCUUGCUGAUAAUCCAGAUAAGCUUAGACAUGUAAAUAGUAUUCCACUGCACGUAACUGCAAAUCCAUAUGGGACCUCUUUAUACACUGAAUAUUUACGUAUAGUAGUAAUUAUACAUAUGGUAGUGUAACUUGUCUU